ACCAACUGUCCACCUUGCGUCUGUAGCUGGGCCGCCCGAGUAGCAAAGUGAUGCAAAGGCCGUAGUUUGCACUGCUUGACGGGUAGAUAUCGAUGAACUGGCCUGAGGUAGAUGCGGAAACCCGCCAGCACGUGGCUGACGCGCUUGAGGCCGUUGUGACCAGGAGGCCCGACAAACUGCACCAAACCGUAGCAGGUGAGGAAGGGAGGCUCGGGGGGCGAAAAGUACUGCAGCUGAUUGUGAGUAGUGUUUGCACUGGUGUGGCGUACAGAUGCCUUUCUCGCCUUCAGCGGCGUCAACCUUCGGUGUGUCGACCCACGAAAAGCACGAUGCAAUUAUACUCGUGUUGGUUCCUUUUGUCCCUCCCUCCCCCUCUCUCUCUCUCUCUCUCUCUCUCUGCGCAGUGACUUCGAGAGUGAGUUCGACGCCGCCAGCCGGAAGCAGCAGCUGUUUGAGACCCUGGAUGAGUCUGGCCACCCCAUGUCUGAGCUGUCCCGUCAGCUGCUGCCGCUCAAGACCAUCCUCGCCAGCCCACAGCUGCUCGCACUCAACUGCCAACACAAAUUCAUGAAGCAUGACGAGGACAGGACGGGUGUGCUCAACCUGCAACAGGCAUACAACAGCCUCAUGGUCCCACCGACAAAGUCACCAACACAGAGAGAGAGAGAGGGGGGGAGAGAGCUGAGUGCUGUGUGUGUUGGUUGUGGCAUUGGCAGGAGUUGGCCGAGGACUUGUGCCCAGAAGCCAUGCCGUCUGUUGAAUCGUUUGGGCGCUGGUUUGCGAUGCUCGAUCAGGACGACAGCGGAGAGCUCGAUGUGGGAGAGUUUUCCUGCAUCGUCAAAUACUUCAUCACCAACGUCAUAGACAGAGCCGAGGUUGCCUCGGGACGUCUCCCAAAGGCCGACACAGAUGAGCUCAAACAGCUCCUGUCGGAUGAGGCGCGUCUCCGGUGCCUCACUCAUGCGACUUACAUCAAAGCGGCGGGCCACGGCGAUGAUACUAACACGGCGACAAGUGCGCUGCAGCAGGUGACUGGGGAGGUGAGCCGACUGGUGGUGCCGACACAGCAGCAGGCUGACCGGGUUCUGCUCAUGAUGAGGCUCAGAGGGAGAGACAUUGACGGCCGACUCACAGAGGAGGUACAUGUACCCGAGACGCAAUGAGGGAUCUCGAGCCUUGUCCCAUCAUAUUUCUCUCAGGCACUUCACGAGAUGGUUUCCAUCCAUCUGCAUAGCACGUGGGAGCGGUCGGUGAUAGCCCGCGGCCGUGUGCCCGCCUCACGGCUGGAGACAAUCCGGCUGCUGCUCAGCAAUGCACGGGAGCUCAAGUGUGUCACACAGCGAGUCUGUCUCCCUUUGUACACGCACACUCUCUCUGCCCACAAACACAGGCACCAUGUGGAGCGUUCAUUCCACAAGUAUGAUGCGGAUCGCAGCGGCGAAAUUGAGAAGGAAGAAGCCAUGCUCUGCCUCACUGUAGGCAUGGGAGCGUGUUCAUCAUGCGCGAACAUGCAGAUGUGUGUGUGUUGUACGAUUGUAGGAUUUGGCGAUGGUCGUUUGCCCUGACAGCAUCCCGGACAGCGAGCAAUUCAACUUCUGGUAAGACAACGGUCUCAUCGGAGCAAUGGUGUCUCCCCCAUGCGAUGGAUUGCAGGUGGCAGAUGCUGGGCAAGGCUGACGACGGCGGCCUGACAUUUGCGGAUUUUCAGUCUUUUGUUCGUGAUUAUCUCAAAUAUUGCCACGACAAGGCCGUCAUACACGCUGGCAGACUCCCCAAGUACAUGGUCAGUCACACACGUGCACACCUAAGCAAGCCACUGCACACGUGUUUGUCCAUGCCGCAGGCCGAACUGCUGAGCCAUCUCCUCAAGGAUGCUACCCUCUUCAGCGAAUACUGCAACGAGUCCUUCAACCGCCAGAGCAAUCCCACCAGCCACCAUCUGCCCAGAAUGCAGGCGUACUUCGCGCUGCAGGACCUCGCUAAACGGCUCUGCCCGGACGUGCUGCCAGAUGAGGAAUCGUUCGCGUCUUUCUGGGGCAUGCUGCACAAAGGGCCCAAGGGACAAGUCGACGCAAGCGACUUCCGCACCCUCGCCCGCCACUUCUUCCAGACGGUCGUGGACCGGGCGGAGAUCUACACAGGUAAGUGUGCAGACAAACGAUGAGGCAGCAAAGCUGUAUGAGUGUGUGCGGUUGUGGCUGUGUGGUGCAGCCAGGUUGCCACGUCGGAUGCUGGAAUACUUACGUCGUCAGCUGGCCGAUGAAGCGAGGUUCGUGGCCAGCUGCCGGGAGGAUUUCUCGGUAUUCAGGGCUGACCCUAUCGUCCAACGCUUACCUUAUCCGUCAUGAUCGAUGUGUCUGUGUCUUCGAUUGAUGUGGAAUACCAGUUGUUCGAUGUCGACGGCAGCGGCGAACUCGACAUGGAGGAAACAUGGGCAUGCCUGCAGGCGCUAUCUGCUCGCUUCUGGUGAGUGAGAACAAAGAAAGCAUCAAUCUGUCCCAACACCACCGCAUUCACUCUGUUAUUCUUUCCCCCCAGCCCCGAUGCAGUGCUGUCUCGUUCCGCCUUCGAGGUGGCCUUCCGGGUGACCGACCGCGACGAGACGGGCGUGCUGGAGCUCACCGAGUUCCAGGACAUGGUCCGGUCUUUCCUCCGCAAUGCCAUCUUCCAGGCAGAGACCGCCGCACAACAGAUCCCUGCCGUCAUGACUUACUACAUUCAGCAAGUCCUCACCGAGAGCGAGGGCAGCUCCAUCGACAACACGCUCCACAGCCUGUGUCGGAGUGUCUUCUGCCAGCGUCGAGUGGAGCUCGACCACCGGACGUUGACCACCAUCGAGCACGGGGCAAUGACACCGACGAGGAACCGCACACCCUCACCAUUGUUCCUGAGAGACGAUGACGGGGCAGGACACGGCGAGGGCGUUCUGGGGAGGUCGGCGGCGCUGCUGUGUCUGCAAGACAUCGCGCAGGCGAUAUCGCCCAACGUGGUGCCCACCAGCGACGAGUUUGACCUCUGGUGGGUGCAGGUUGAGGAGCAGGGCGGCAUGGCGGUCAACAAGAGGCUGUCACUGGAUGGGCUGACUAUGCUGGCACAGGUGAAAGAGAGAGACACGUAAGCAGAGUUCGUUAUGAAUGUCUGUCUCUGUGUGGGCAUCUCACUCAUCUGUGUAGAUGUAUCUGCGCAACCACAUACAUCGUCAUGAGAUGCGUGUGUGGCGGCUGUCCCCGCCCCUCCACAGCCACGUGCAGACCCUCCUCCUGAAGCCCGGCAUCAUGCAGAGGGUCACCAAAUGCCAACUGCGGGCCAAACUCACCAAGACUGAGUCAAGGACAGCUCUUCAGAGACUGUUGCAUCAGCUGCUGCAGUGCCCCGAUCUAUCUGAGGAGGAAUUUGACCUCUACUGGUCGGAUUCGCUCACGCAGCAGCAGGUGGUGCCGGCAGACAUGAGCCACAAGGCUUCUCAGCUAUCACCCAGACGGCACACGUACCCAUGCAUCCAUCAUAUACACAACGUACAAGGAAGGCCUCACGCCGCAGGUGCGUGUGUGUACUCUUUGGCUCCCAGGUCGUUCGGCGUCGUGUCUGGGGCUCGGCUGUUGGCGGGUCGGGAGGAGCAUCGAGUGGAAUUCGGAUCUCUCGUUGAGCGGUACCUCACCGACCGCCUUGCCGUCGCAUCCAUUAUGGAGGCUCAGCUCACACCGGCAUUGACCCGUGGCCUGCAGGUCGGCAAACAUGCAGUUCACUGAAAUUUCCGCACAGCUGCUCACGUGCUCUCCUUCUGCUCUCUCUGCCUCCCUGCCCUGCCUACAGUCUUUCCUGUCAUUCCGCCGUAAGCGCGCCUUUCGGCGCGUGUGCGACAGUGCCUUCAGGGAGUACGCCACUGGCACCUCCCCCCCACAGCUGCUGUCGAGGGCUCCGUCGCACCACCACCACUCGUGCACUUCGGCCUCGUCCACCCAGCAGCAGACAGAGAAGCUGAGGCUGUCACCACUGCUUGCCUACAAGGCCCUGGAGGUGUGCGAACGGAAAACAAAGACAGGGAGAGAGACGUGGAAGAUGCAAUCAAUGUGUCUCACUCAGUGUGUGAGCAACGUGUUGUGUCCCGACCGCCCCCCCGACCCAGUUGCAUUCCAUCGGUGGUGGUCGCUGAUCGGCAAAACACACAGUAGCGACGACGACCUCACAAAGGACUCCAGCAUCUCGAUAGGCGAGUUCAGGGAGCUGUGCAGACAAUACUUUCUCUUCGUUGCAGAAAAGUCAGUUUACCUAAGGGACACACUGAAUUGGGACUCUUUUGUUUGCAUUUUCCCCUCCUGUGUUUGAGUCAGGUCGGUGAUAUCCUCUUUCCUCAUCCCUCCCGCCAUGGUGGAGGACCUCCAGCGACUGAUCCGCAAGACAGAGCUGCUGGAGGGCCUAAUCGACCAGAUCUUCCAUGAGUUCGGGCAGCGACAGCGGAGUGUCCCCUCGCACGCCCCCUCGUCCAUUGGGCCAUACGUCUAUCUGACACCUACGGGAGUCCUGAAAGGCCUCGAGGUAGGCAGAGCGGCGAGAGAGACAUGCACGCAUGGCAUGCAGAUUUGCCCACCGUGUAGAUGUUGUGCUAUCGAUACGUCCCUCAUCGCCGGCCGACACAAGAGGAGGUCGUCCACUGGUCGGUCAGACUCAGCCACAUACGCGUUUCUUCCACCCGACUUACACGUGUCCUUCUUCUCUACAGGCUGGCAUUCCACAGUGUCGACAGGGCGGACCCAUCAAUGCCGUCCCCCCUGCGAGCCUCGUUCAACAGGUGCCGCUCACUCGGCGGCGGCGGCGUCAAGUGUGAGGUCGACCGUGAUGCCUUCACCGCAAUCAUUCGGGAUUUCAUCGUCGCUUUGCUUGGUCAGUCCAACUGUGGGACGGAAGGAGCAAUCUCUGUUGCGCAUGUCUCUCUGUGUGUGUGGGUGCCAGAGCGCCAUGCGUCUGCUGAGUGGCGAUUCCCGUAAGCACCCCACCAGAUGAACCCACGUGGUACAUAAUCUGAUGUAGUGUGGUUUUGCGUCAGUGACAGCCAGAUACGCUACAUGUCGAUGCAGCUCGGCGACGACAGGAAGGAGCACAGGCAGGCCAGCUGCCGGCCGGCGUUUGUGCGGCUGGCAGGCAGUGAGCCAUCGGCCAAGCUGCCGAGGGAAGAGGCAUUCGACUGUGUCCGGGUAGGUAGGUACAAAAGAGAGAGAGAGCUGUCAGCUUCUGUGUGUGUAUGCGGCCGGCAUCCAUCUCAUCUGUGUUCAGGAGGUCAUGGAUUGGGGGUGUUUUGCGGUCAGCGUCACACAAUCCGAAGUCCGAUUUUGGUGUCACGUUCUGAAGGUUGGUGAGCAGCUGGACCUGUCCCAAGUUGAGGAGGUCAUCCACAUGAUCACACAGGUACUCUACACGCUCGCCACCAGUCGCCCUUCAUCCAUCAUGCGUGCCCGCUGCACGCACAGACGAUCAUCGAACGAGCCGCGAUUUCCGCCAGUCGUUUGAGCAGCCACACCCAGCACCUUCUCUCGGCGGCGAUCGAGGCCGCUCCGCUCCCCUCUCUCUCCUCAUCGCUCAGGUCGGCGCCUGGCGUUAAGGGCGGUGUCACUGGUGGCUGUACGUCGAUGCUGCGUCGUGAGGUCAUGGACGUGUUCCGGGCGGCCGAUGUGGACCGGAGCAAUGGGCUGGACAGCGAGGAGGUGCUGAUAUGCCUGCAGGACUUGGUUGCGCGGCUGUCGGAGUGCAACGAGUUCCGCAUGCAGCACGAGACCUACCGGGUGUUCCGCAUGCUGAUGGAAAAGGUCCGUUGCGCACUCGCAGGACUGACCGGGAGGGACACAAGCCACCUUCCAUGUGGAUUGGGGCGUACUUACAGGUGCAUGGCGUGCCACGGACGGCAGUGCUCUCGGUCGACGGCCUCAGCAAGAUGACGGACGCCUUCUUGAGACAUGUCAUCGACGCUGCCUACAUCUGCAAGGGACAGCUGCCCAAAAAGUCAGUGAAAUUUCCACCAGCAUCGCACGACGAGGUCUUUCUGUCGCCUGUAUGCCUGCAGGAUGCUGAGUGGGCUGCGUCGGGUGUCAGCGAAGCCCCAGAUUUUUGAGCCGCUUGUUGAUGACAUCUUCGAGAGAUUCGAUAUUGACGAUUCCGGGCAGCUGGAGAGACACGAGGGGCUCUGCUGCCUGCAGGUAUAUUUCUUGCCGUGCACAUUUGUGUGUUCUCCUGUGAUUCGACAUGUGGCCUUCACAUAUACUAGGCCCUGUCACGCGUCAUCUGCCCCACUGCGCCCCCCUCGCUCGAGGAUUAUGAUAGGCUGUGGACGAUGGCUGACGGCGACGACAGCGGCACACUCGCCAAAGACGAAUUCGCCAAGCUGAUGCGGGGAUUCAUCGACGAAACAAUUGAGCGGGCAGAGAUCCGGACCCUCAAGCUGCCCAAGUGCGCGUGGGGGAGAGACAUGGGAGGGACAUGCCAUGGCACACGCGCCAGGCCACGUCUUUGGUAUGUGCAGGCUGUUGCUGACGUAUUUGGAGCACGUGACGAGCGAGGAGGGCAUCAUCGAGUUGGAGAAGCGAGCAGAGGCGUAUUUCCUGGACCACCAGCCACAGGCCAACGAGUACGGCAAGAUCGACCGCCGCGUUGCCCUGCGCCUGUUGAAGUCCCUGGCCGAGAAGUACACUCUCGGCGUGACCUUGACGAUGGAUGAGGUGCAGCACAGCUGGAUGCAGCACGACAAGGACAACGACGGCACGGCCUCACUCGAGGAAUUCAACCUCAUGCUGCAGUCCAUUCUGCUCAGCUUCACCGAACGAGCGACAAUGGCAGACUCACGGUUGCCGCCACGUCUGAUCCGUGCCGUGCAGCGGCUGCAGCUCGACGACCAGCUGCUUGAAACCAAAGCCAUGGCAGCCUUCCGGGCCGCCGAUAAGUACGCAACACAUGCAUUGAUGGCGCACGUGAUCCGCACACACGGGUCUUCAUUCAAUUGCAGGAGCGGUGAGGGGCAGCUGACGAAGGAUGAGGCGCUCAAGGCCCUAAAGGUGCUGGGCAGCCGCUUCUGUGCGGAUAUCGCGCAGUUCUACGGCCUGCUGGAGGACCUGAUGGCCGACAUGUUCCCGGUGUCAGUGGACGACCGCCUAAACGCCUCACAGACCAUCUCGCCAUCCAUUCGGUCAUCCUCACCGUCACCCCCACCCCUACCUGGCAGAGCCGUGCCAUCAGCAGCUGCAGGGAUGGUCCCUCGGGCCAUCGGGGCCGCGCUGAUAUCCUACGACCAGUUCAAAAGGCUGCUGAGAAGCUUCCUGGAGGUGUGUGUGCUACGGUACGGUGAGUGAGUGAGACAUGGGUGAAUUGUCAUGCAGCCGGCCACCUAAUGUAUUUUUCGGGCGCGUGUCUGUCCACCAGGUCUGAGGUGGCCAAUGGGAUUGUGUCGUCCCGCACAUUCACUCUUCUGCAGAAGCUGACGGCACGGCGAAGCCCCGCCAUCUUUGGCGAGGUGUGCAUGGGACUCUCCGCCGCACAUGACACCGACGGCAGCGGCCUGCUGGAUGCACACGAGUCCCUCCUCGCCCUACAAGAUCUCUCCGAAAACAUCUGUCCAGAGGCGUCUCUCUCUUUGAUUGACCUGAUGGACCUGCGACAGAGAGUGCUGCACGGUCGCGAUGGUGACGAGAUAGAUUUGGCCAAGUUCCAGCUGCUGGUGCGGGAGCUGAUGGCGACGGUGGUGGAGCGGGCCAGGCUCAUGUCGGCCGACGAUGAAAUGAAGAAGGACAUCAUGACUGCACACACGAGGAAGAAGGGGAGACAGACGAAAGGCGGGGACGGCUGCACAUGCAUGGGCCUCCCUGCAAUCAAGAACCACCUUAAUGUGAACAUGUGUCGUGAUGUAUCAAUUGUGUGUUGUGCUGUGUCAGAAAUGUCGAUGUCGUCUCCGCCGGUCCCGCUGCGCAGCGACCGGCCGAAACGCACCAGGUAGAUAGAGAGAGGGGUAGAUAAGGCAGCUCGCCGGCUAGCACCACUCCUGGACACGAUACAAGUAGUGAUCCGAAUGCAUCCUAUGUCCAUCUGAGUAGACACAUGGACCCGCUACUGUACUUGAUUGUCCAUGGGCUGCUGUACUUGAUUGCCCAUGAGUACGUAGCUUCCCUCUCAUGCAUGAGGCAGGCCAGCGAUCGCUC